AUGCUGGAAAGCACCACGGGAAAGAUGUCAUGUGAUGACUGCAUGGAACUGAACGUUCACCUGUUCGACGAAGAUCCCACCGAGGACGAUCGCCCUGUGCAGACCGUAUUCAAUACAAAUGUCUCGGAUACUGGUCUACCACUGAGUGUUGAGGUAUCGUGCAAAAACGGUCAAUGGUUGUACGAAGAGAACCAGCAACAACUUGCCAUCACAUCGCUGUCGUGCAUCUAUGAACCUCCACCAACAACUCCGGCUAUGACUACCUGGGCACCAGGAGAUCCGAACAGUCCAUGUAUGAAGUGCAGUGAGGAAUUCUACGUGAAACCUGCGAAUGACAAAAUUGAAGGCGCGGUCUAUGUUGACUAUCGUGCGGAUCGUUGUCUAUUCUGCAGAGCUUUACUGUCGGCCAACCAAGAACAAACACUAUGUGGAGAUCCUCGAAGAUGGCGCUUCGGUGGGUAUUGUUGCUUCGUCACUGAAUCGAACGUUCCACUGCAACUACGAUUCUCAAUGGGUUCGCCGCCUACCACGCCCAUGAUCGAGCCAACCACCAGAGCAACGGAGAGGCAAGCUCCAUAA